UACUCAUAUCUUAGAGUUCAUUGCAGAAAUUCGAAACAGUUUAUGCAUAAAAUUUGUAACAAGCACAACUAAACAACAUGGCAGAGAUAGAGAAAGUGGAGCAUGAAGUGGAGCGAAAAGUGGAAAAAAAAGUGGAGCACAUGGUGGAGCACGAGGUGGAACACAUAGUGGAGCACAAGGUGGAGAACUUGGAGGACCAAGUGGAGGACCAAGUGGAGCAUGUGGUGGAGGACUUGGAGCAAGCGGGGGAGGAAGUGAAGGAGAAAGCAGAGAAGGAAGGGGAGAAAGCAGAGAAGGAAGGGGAGAAAGCAGAGAAGGAAGGGCAGAGCUUGGUAGAGAAAGUGAUUGAAACAUUCGUAAACAAAAUCAUUGAAGGUUUAGUGAAGACUAUUCCAGGUGGAAUACCAGAGCUAAACAUCCCUCCAUUUGACCCACUCGAGAUCCCAGGCGAACAAGACAUGGAUAUCAACACUUUCUUUGCUAAAAUGCAAGGAAAUUUCAGCGAUAUCGUCGUAAAAGGACUCACUUCGAUGGGUGCCCCCAAAGUUUCGAUUAAGGACAAGAAGUUGACAGCCACCACCACUACUAAGCUAAACAUCACGGGAAAAUACAGAAUGAAUGGAAGUGCUUUGCUAUUUUUCACCAUUAAUUCAAACAGCACGUUCAAAUGUGUGAUUGAGGCACUAUCGAUGACAAUUGGACUCUCGCUCAAAGAUUCCAAAGAUUUGAAGGCAAUUGUGGAGCUCAAAUCUGGCGAUGUAAAGUUGGAACUAGACGAAUUUGAGCACCCAAAACUAGCCAGUGGAUUACUUAACCCGAUAUCUGGCCUUAUUGCAAAGUUUGUGGAGGAUAGUAUUGGACCACCUUUGCAGAAAAUGCUGCAAAAGUUCAUCGACCAGUUCAAGGAGGAACUUAUUAUUUUAUAGAGACGAACAAUGAUAACAAUAAUUUUUUUAAGUAUGACUCUGUGAUUUCAAUAUUGUGAAAUGUA